CGGGCCAUGAAUAUGGCCUUCGCUGAGUUCGUUAACAAAACCCGACUGACCCAGCCCCUGAUCAAUUUCUGCGUGAUUGUGUACAUGGAUGAUAUUUUGGUCUUUUCAAAAACACACGAGUACCACGUGGAACACAUUGAGCGGGUUUUGCAUGCACUGAAAGAUGCGGGGUUCAAAGUGGCCUUGGAGAAAAGCGAGUUCUGCUUGUCGGAGAUCUCAUUCUUGGGGUAUAUCGUCACGGUCGACGGACUAAAACCGGAUCUGAGGAAGGUGGCAGCAGUUCAAGACGCCCCGGCGCCGGUCACACUCACCCAAGUUCGGGCUUUUUUAGGACUGGCAUCCUAUUACCGACGCUUCAUCAAGGGGUUCGCCGGCAUAGCGAAGCCCCUCACGAACCUGCCGAAGAAAGAGGAACAGCUGAUCUGGACGCUGGAAUGCGAAGCGGCGUUUCAGGCGUUGAAGGAGGCUCUGACAUCCACUCCUGUGUUGGCGCGCCCCGACCCGACAAGACCAUUCGCACUGUACACAGACUGGCAGCCUCAGGCGAUAUCGGCGGUGCUGACUCAGCCCGACAAGGACGGAAGGAAGCACGUCAUUGAGUAUGCGUCCAAGACACUGAGCCAGGCGCAGGCUAAUUACGAAGCGUGCAAAGGUGAAUGCCUGGCGGUGGUGUGGGGAAUUCAACGUUUCCGACCGUAUCUAUACGGUCAGAAAUUCGUGCUGGUUACGGAUCAUCAGCCACUGUUGUCCUUACGCAACAACACGGACUACACGGGGACGCUGGGCAGGUGGGCGGUGCGUCUGCAAGACUAUGACUUCGACAUCCGCCACCGUGCCACGCGGCAACAUGGUAACGUCGAUGGAUUAACGCGCCUUAUGCCGCCCAACAAGUGUCCCGCCAACGAGCGACUCAUUCCGUGGAGGCCAGAAGUCGCAGCGACGAAACCGCACUACGGGGAGCUACACGCGCUGCGCGACUCGUUGUUAGAACUUACCAAAGCCGAACGACGGAGAGUCACGGAGCGGGCGCAGGACUAUCGCUGGCAGGGGCCGACGUUACAAAAACGGAAGGUCGAUGACGACGGAGAGUCUAGCUGGUUGAUGGUUCCACACCCUCUUGCUAGGUUCGAUUGGACACGAGCCGCUCAUGAGGAGGAUGCGGUCCAUUUCACGGUCAAGUACACGGAAGAAGCCAUCGAAAAAAAUGGAUGGUAUUGGUUGGGAAUUCGGGAAGAUGUAAAAUACAUCGUUCAGAAUUGCCCGGCCUGCGCGGCGGACAAGGCGCCGGUACAGAUGCCUCGGACGAUGGUGCCCACUCGUGUAGAGCGCCCCUUUCAGAGGGUUAGCAUCGAUACGACGGAUAUCAACGUUCCAAGAGGGCCCGUCGAUCAGGGAGAACUCAAUGUUCUUUUAGUGGCCGUCGAUCAUUUUUCAAAAUGGAUCGAGGCGUAUCCUAUGACCAGCCGGAAUUCGCAGGAAGUAGCCCGGUACGUAAAUCGAUUUUUGUGCAUGGAUCUAGAGGUAGAAGAGGUACACAUGGACAAUGGGUCGGGAUUUCAAGGCGAAGUAGAACGUCACCUAGUCAGGGCGGACGUUAAGAUUAUCUACUCGCCGGGGCAUUGGCCUCAAGCCAACGGCCUGGUAGAGAAUGCCAACCGACUGAUUAAGACGGCCCUUAGAAGGAAUAUCACUGCGGGAGACACCCGACCUUGGCCGGUCAUUGUCGACCACAUUUUGGCCGUUUAUCGGGCCACCCCACACGGUAGUACUGGGGUGUCCCCCUUUCAAUUGAGAACCAAUAGUGUCCCUCAGUUGCGGUACGACAUUCAGCAAGUGAACGUGCCGGCGCCCGGGGUUGCGGAUUUGGCGGCAUACUCGUUGCUUUGCGAUCGGCUGAUGUAUGCGGGGGUGUACGUGGACGUGACGCAAUUGCCUGGCCGGGAGACGACCCGAGUAUUCAUUGAGUUCCGCGCGCUCCAGGUGGCACCCAAUUUCGUGCACAGCGUCGCCACCUUCAUCGGAGACUUGACGAUCCUACCGCAGCCGAAUCGGGAGCCGGCGCGCAGCUUUGUGCGCGAAUACGCGGUCGAAGCGGCCAGAUCAGUGGCCAGAUUGCAAGGUCGGGGGGGACACCGAUUCACAACCCACAAAGUGCUGCUGCGUAGGGCAGAGGACGGACCGAUUGCAUUGGUGCCGCAGCUCCCCGCGCUUGUCCCUCCCGCUGCUCCUCUCAACUUCCAAGCUAUUCCCCCUAUCCCACGCGUGGGAGUUGCACCGUGCGCUGUACAAGUCGGUGGCGCUGGGGAUCUGGGAUUGUUGGAGCUCAUACAUCUUGAGCUCCUCUCCAUUGCGCAAGUGAUCGCGAGCGAGGAGGAGAAGAUCCAACCACGAUUGCGGACGGCGACGGCCCCGCGGAGAACGUACAAUGAGGUCAUCAUCCCGGAUUACAUUGCGCAGCGCGCGGAGAGAUUGGAGGACUUCCCGGAGGAAAGGCCGUUGCGUCCUCCCUCGUCGUAUCCUCGACCAGCACCACUGAAGGCCCCCAAGAAGACGACGAAGAGGAAGAGACGCCACCCGUCGCCAGGAGCGCAAGGCAGCAGGAUCGACGACGGCGAGGAGGUGAUUCAGCCCGCGCGUACGCGGAUUCCUGACCCUGUGCCUGGGAGUGGGGCGACGCUCGUUAAGGAGACUAUCGUGCCAUCGCCGCCCAUUCCGCGUGUGCCCGAUCUCAAUCUUGAUGGAGCCGGGCCAUCAUCAGCAGCAGCAGCCGGAGGAGGAAGCCGAAUGGGAUUUCCGGAUCCCAUAUCCAGACCCCCCGUCCUCGCGGGACCUCUCCGUACCUCGAAGAUGGAGCUGGAGCUAUGGCGCCACAGGGGAGGUUCUGCCCGUUUUGUGCGGCGACGGCAGGUCUUCGGCAAGUGGUGCAGGGGAGGUGCUGCCCGUUUUGCACGGCGGCGGCAGUGUGGUUUGUUGACGUACUGCGGAAGCGCUGCAGAUUUUUGCGGCGACAGCACCGGGUUUAGUGGCGGUGGUGCGGGAGCGCUGCCGAAAUUUUGUGGCGGUGGCAUUGGUUUAACGACGGUGGACAACUUGCUAGCAGAUAAAGUACUAGCACAAAUUGCAGGUUCGGAACGGUGGACAAAGCUGUCACUUUUUGGUAGAGCCCUGGUGCUCUCUACAACAGCGUUUUCCUUGCUUUGCUUCCCACUAUCUAUCCAUCUGCUGGGGGACACAGCAUACAGGAAAAUAAAGAAGACAGCAACCAGGUACUUGUGGAAGCCGGACGCGACAGCAGACCAAGGUUUCCUAUCAAAGUUGGCAUGGGAGGUGGUGGUCAUUCCAAAGAAGAAGGGAGGCCUGGGGAUCCUAGACCCCCGACAGCAGAACACUGCCCUCCUGGCUAAAUGGCCGGUCAAGGCCAUGACGGAUUUGGAUGACAAGAUUUGGAAGGAGAUGGCGGAAUAUGUUGUACAGGGGAGCGAGUGGGACUUGCAAGAUCAUUCCAAGGCAGGAGGACGGACGGGGUUCUCGAGUUUCAAUUACGAGAAAUUUAGUGUAGCUCUGUGCAUCCUUUCAGACUGGCGUGGCAGCGAGUGCGCAGCGGUGAAGCAACCGGGUUUUGGUAACGUUAGAGGCAUCAUAAAUGCGCAUCAGGUUGCUGGUGAGAAAUCUGUGGUUGGGGGCAGCAUUAUGAGGUACGAUCCGUACAAGUUUGUGGUGAUGCCCUUUGGCCUAUGCAAUGCCCCUGGGACAUUCCAGCACGCUAUGAAUAGGAUCUUUCAUGAGUACUUAGACAAGUUUAUCGUCGUGUACCUCGAUGACAUUCUUAUCUUUAGUAGGACUGUAGAGGAGCACGCUGAGCACUUGAAAAUAGUGCUAGGUCUCCUAAGACAGCACCGAUACAAGAUGAACUUCGAGAAAUGCGAGUUCGGUCGCACUAAGAUCUUGUACUUGGGUCAUGAAAUCUUUGCGGAAGGGUUGAGGCCGGACGAUGCCAAAGUGGCCAGCAUACGGGACUGGCCCAAACCUCAGACUGUUACUGAGGUCAGAUCGUUUUUGGGGAUGACGGGCUACUAUCGUCCGUUUGUUAAGAACUAUAGUACUAUAGCUUCCCCAUUAACAGAUCUAACUCGACUCGACACCCCUUGGGCGUGGCCUGAAGAGUGUGAAGCGCCCUUCAAGAAAUUGAAGUAUGCACUGACACACUACGAAGUCCUCAAACUUGCGGAUCCUGAACAUCCCUUUGUUGUGACCAUAGACGCCAGUCAAUAUGGCAUAGGCGCGGUCCUUGCGCAAAAGGAGGGGAAGAAGUUUAGACCGAUCGAGUAUAUGAGUAAGAAGAUGACGUCACAAAAGCUAGCAAAGUCCACGUAUGAACAUGAGCUUUAUGCCCUAUAUAGAGCGCUGGUCAAUUGGAGAUAUUAUCUCCUAGACAGAUUCUUCUACGUGAGAUCUGACCAUGAGACCUUGCACUGGAUCAAGACACAGCCUGUGCUCUCUGACGCACUCAAGCGAUGGAUACAAGUGAUAGACAUGUAUGACUACCAAUUUGAUCCGAUCAAGGGAGAGUACAAUAAAGUGGCUGAUGCACUAUCUCGGCGGGUAGAUUAUCUGGGCGCGCUAGUCACUGAGUUUGGCAUAUCUGACGAACUCACUCGAUCACUGGUGGAAGCGUAUCGAGAAGAUCCAGUUUUGUCUGAGAUCAUUCGCAAACUGGAGGCUAAGGAUAAAGCCACCUCCGAUGAGUUUGUGCUGACGUACUGUAGUACGACGCCUGUUGCAGAAGAGUCUCAGGUCGCAUUCUCCACGUCUUGUUUGGGAGGAGAAGCAAAGGCGUGGGUCCUAGCUGAGGCUAACACGGCAGGUUUUGACGACAUCGGUAAGUGGGCUGGAACAAUGACUCUAAAGCAGUUCCUUGAUAAGAUCAAGGAACGCUUUCUUGAUAAGACAACGACCGAUAAGGCCUUCGACCAGCUUACUACGAUUGGACAGAAACACUGGACGUCUGUGCAGGCUUUGUCUCACGAGGUCGAUCGCUUGUUGCAAGUACCAGGCUUAAAUCUGCAGGAUGAUCAGGUCCUGUAUAUUUAUGCCCGGGCCUUACCUGAACCUAUAAGAAGUCAGUUAGUGGCCGAGUCAAAGUCAGGUGCAGGUGCGAGAUACGGUAAGCGAGUCCUUUGGCGCCAAAAGCGUCAAGACCACAUGCUUGCCGUCUUUGACGACGACACAAUGGAGAAGCUACCGUUAGAAGAAGAAGGAGUUCUCAGCAACAGUGAGUCCGGAAAGGGGGACGUCACUGAUGCCGUGGUCAACAAAGGAGGACCACGAGGUCUGUAUCGAGGGAGGAAACCACGCUCGUUUCCUGCGCACCCAGGUAUCGCGGCAUUCAAGCCGUGGGAAAAGAUGGAGAUUGACCAAAAGACCUGGCAGGAUAGAAUGGAUAUCGCGCAGUGUUUGAAGUGUGGAAAGGAGGGACACAUCAUUGCAUGGUGUCCACUCAUUCGACACCCAAAAGCGAACCGCCAGUAGGAGUAGCAUCUGCUCCUACUGAGUUGAAGAAGUCAGACGAUGAGAAAGGUAAGGCGCCUACUAACCCUUUCACUUCUUCGACUUGCGUGGCAGACGAUGGUUGUUCUCCGGCCCAUCAUCCAUAUCACCCUGAAUCUGUCUUAUGUUCUGUCUCUGUGGAUGACUCCUUUGAUGAGCUUGGUAAUGAGUUGCUGGCACUACGAAGCUCAUGGGCAAAGAAAGCAAAGUCUAAGGGUGUACUAUUACUCGCGGAUGUAGAGAUCGCACACGAACGGACGAGUGCACUUUUAGACUCAGGAUCUACACUGUCCUACAUUUCUGAGAGAGCUAUUCGCAAGCUUCAUCUUGGAAUGAAGGUAAAGUGUUUAGCACAACCUAUCACGUCUAUUCUUGCUGAUAAAAGCAUGAUCACUGU